AUGUCGACCGCCGUCAAGAAGCCCUCUCCGCCAGGCCAGGCACAGCGCUCUUCUGCUGCUUCGCCAUCCGGACUCAAUCGCUCGCCCUCGAGGUCUUCAUCGUCCAUUCCGACUGCCGCUUCCACCACGAGGAGACCGACUUCGACCCGCACAAACUCCACCAGCGGCCCGCUGUCCGCGCGCGCCUCUGUCAGGAGGCCCACCCACACCUCGACCCGUAGCAUGUCUUCGUCGGCGCCCAUCGACAACAGCGCGGAGGAGGACGCAAAGGCUGAGACCGCCGCCUUGAUCAAGGAGCUCAAGGAGCAGCUGCAGAAAGCCGAAGCCACCUCCGAGGAAUUCAAGAAACAAGGCGAAGUGCUCAAGACGAAGCUCGACGAUGCGCUCAAGGACCAGGCCAAGCUCGAGGAGCGCACGCACGAGGAAGAGGAACGCGUCGAGAUCCUAGAGAAUGAAAAGCGCGAGACGAUCCGGCAGCGCCGCGAGCUCGAGGCCAUCUACGAGGCCGAGCGCGCCGCCGCCAUGAAGGAGAAGGAACAGGCCCAGGCCCGCGAGGAAGAGCUGCAGGAGAUCAUCCAGAGGCUCAAGGACACAAUGGCCGAGCGCGACCGCGAAGGCGCAUAUUCGGGCGAGGAGCGCCGGAAUUCCAAGAUCUCUUUCCCCAAUUCGCGGUCCAACUCGUCGCAGAACCUCGAGAAUGGCCACUUCGCUCCGCCGUCCUCGCUACAGCGCAGCAAUUCGCAGAACAGCUCCAAGUUGAUCCUCCAAAAGGACAAGCUCAUCGAAUCGCUGCGCCUGGAGCUCGCCGAGGCGCAGAUCAAGGCCAUCGAGAUGGAGAACGCCGGCGGCGGACGGUUGCAAGAGCUCGAGAAGAUCCUCCUGGAGACGAGGAUGGCCAAUGCCCGUUUGAUGGAGGACAACGAAAGCUUCCAGCUCCUGCUCAGCGAGAAGACCCUCAACGGUGACUUCAUGCGCAGCCUCGGUGCAGGCGCCUCGCGCCCGCCGUCGCAGGGCGAGAGGCCCAGCACGAGUCUCGCGGACGAACUCGGCGCCGCUGCCGACGAGGAAUCCAACGAGCGCCGCCUCGAGUCUGAGAUCAACUCGCUCAAGGAUCAGAACAAGGCCCUCACCUUGUACAUCAACAAGAUCAUCGAGCGUCUUCUGCAGCACCAGGGCUUCGAAGCAGUCCUCAGCCACGAUCAGGAGCCGCCGCCGAAGCCUCCGGUCGCCAAGGAAAACCCGCCGCCCCCACCGCCCAAGGACAAGAAGGAGGGCCAGUCUUUCCUACAGCGGGCCAAGUCCGUCGCUCUCAGCUCGGGCAGCUCUAACCAACAGCAAGAGAAGCGCCCCCGUCCUAUGAGCGUCAUGCCUCCUCCCCCUCCCAAGCCGGAAGAGAACAGUAUCACUUCCGAUCCCGCCACCGCCCCGAGCAUUCCCCUCCGCCACAGCUCCGGUCAGCACCGCCGUGCCAACUCCGAAUGGAACACCGGAGCCGCCAGCGUGGUCAACAGCAUGUACCGCAACCCGAGGUCUCCCGGAAUCGUUUCUCCCCGCAACUCGGUCUUCAACUUCCCGCCGGGUGAGGGGCCUGCGUCGAACCGCAGCUCCCGCGUCGUGUCUUCCAGCAGCAUGCCGCGCCAGAGCGUCGACGGAAACGCGGACAAUUCCGGCCAGGACACCGUCAGCAACACCGACAGCGGCGUUGCCGUCGAUACGCCUUCCCCGCCUCGAAGCAUCGCCAGCAGCUUCGAUCGUCCUACCAACAGCGUCAUGACUGGCAACAAGCCGCGUCCUCUCAGACUUGUACAGGAAUCCGAGGAGGCCGAGAAGGAGCGCAAGGCGGCGAACCGCCAGAGCUGGAUCGGCGCCUGGUUCUCCAAGACUAACGCCGAGAACUAA